AGCUCGUGACCAGACCUUUAAAGAUGUCCCUUGUGGCUUUCUUUCCACACUUGGUUGAAUGUACUGCUGACUUGAGGAAGUGUUUUAAAGACCUCUUCAUCUGUGUUGGACUGGCUUAUGCUUUUAAUUCAUCGAUGAACAGUUUGCACAAAGAGAGGAAUGGACUUUGCUCUAUGACAUACUUGCUUCAUCAUGUAGACUUUAUUCACUUCCACCCCACUCAUUCUACUCACUGGUGUACUGAGAACUUGGUAAAAGAAGAGGAAGAAGAAAAAGAAGAUGGAAGCAAUUCAGUCUUGGGUCUCAGAGCACAAGCUGACCAGCAUUGGAAUUGGGCCGUCACUAGCUUAUUCAUGCAAGGCUAGGAUACACGCACAAGCCUUGACAUUGGCAGUACUCUCUGGCGCAGCCGCCUACCGUGGAGAAGCAUACAGCGCACCAAGGAGAGAAUCCAUCUUCAAAGUCAUUAGAGAGAGAUCUUAGACAUGUAUAUUCUCUGACGGAAGGCAAAAAAUUUGGAGUUUGAUUAGGAUUUGAUGGAAAAGACUAUUGCUCUUGCCUUGGCAACUGAGUAAAACCAAUUCGGUUCAUCUUUGUGUAGUCUUGUUGAGACAUAUGCUGAAACUUUAGCAAGUCAUGGGCUUUUAACAACAGCAAUGGAGUACCUUAAGGUUUUUGGCUCCCAUGACCUGUCACCUGAACUUGUGAUCUCAAGGGAUGGGAUGACACUUUACAGAACUUGGUACGUGUGUUUGGUAAUAUCUU